AUGACCGUCAACGACGUAUUGCCAGGUAACAAUGCCUUCUCCGAGACAGCCAUCCUGGACAAGAAGGCCAUUAACGGCCUGUCGGGUGGCCCCCGGCAGCAUGUCGUCGCGUCGCCGUACACCGAGGCAGCGCAUCUGCUGGACCUGGAUACUCUGGAUGCCGAGAACCAGAUGCUGGCAGAAGCGCUGCUGGACCUGAGGUGCCUGCGGGACGACUACGCGACUGCGGCAUACUUGGAGACGUUCAAUUGGGAAGAGGUUGUGGGCCGGGUGCGGGAGCUGGCAGCAGCCAGGAAACACUGCUGGAGGGAGACGUCGUGGUACAUUGUCGCCUUCCGCUCGCGGUAUAUAGAGGGCAUCGACUAUGGUCACCUUGGCGACCUCGACAAGGCGGCUCAUGCGGAGGCCACAGCCAGUGGGGGGUUCCUCAAAUAUUGGUUUGGGACGCCCGACCGCAAUCUCCGCAACCUGGCGACGUGUAUCUGGCGCAAUCGUGAAGACGCGCGGAGGGGAGGGACGGGGCCUGCGCAUAAAGAGGCAAUCAAGGCCGUGCGCACCAUGUAUGCUGAGUGGAGGAUCGACCAGCACCGGCUCAUCAUCCGAGACGGCUUGUCGAGCUGGGAGAUGAUCGAGUGGACAGGUUGA